AUAUAGAAUUUUGCUAGAAGAUAAUGAAAUAAAAUAUUGCUUAAUUUGUUACAUCAAAUCUGAACUGAUUAUAUGAGAAAAACAUUAUAUUAUUUACGUAACAUUUAUUAUUAUAUUGGGUAUUUAAAAUAUAAAUUACCCAAAUUGUUUUAAAAAUUACAUCAGACCGUCAUAAAAAAGAUAUACAACAAUUAAAAUGUUAACCUCAAAUCUGUGCCUCAAAUUUUGAAAUGGUCGAAGGUUAAUGAAAGAAAAAUAAAUAUUAAUGUUUUAAGUUAAUUAUCAAUAGAGUCAAAACCCUUCAUGAUGUUGUCCAGACAAAUAUUUUCGGCUAGAACACCAAAAUUCGCAGGCCUCCUCAAAACUAUUCGAAAAAUGUCCACCGAGGAAAGCGACGUUAUAACUCAAGAAGUAGGAGACAAAGGAAUAAUAAUACUGAAUCGACCGAAAGCUUUAAAUUCUUUGAAUUUAUCGAUGGUAAACAAAAUUUAUCCUGCUCUCAAGAAAUGGGAAUCAGAAAAGUCUUUGGUGAUUAUAAAAGGUGCUGGAGGUAAAGCAUUUUGUGCUGGAGGUGAUGUUAAAGCCAUAGCCCUAGCAGCAUUUAAAGGCGACAAACUUGGACACGAUUUUUUCCGUGCAGAAUAUACCAAUAACGGACUCAUAGGAAAUUAUAAAAUACCCUAUAUAGCAUUAAUAGACGGAAUUGUCAUGGGAGGUGGAGUAGGUUUAUCUGUACACGGACCCUAUAGAAUAGCAACGGAAAAAACACUGUUUGCCAUGCCUGAGACACAAAUAGGCCUAUUCCCUGAUGUAGGUGGUUCACAUUUUUUGUCUAGGUUACAGGGCAGGCUCGGAUGGUAUCUAGCUUUGACUGGAUACAGAUUAAAGGGAACUGAUGUGUUACGGGCUGGUGUAGCAACACAUAUCGUUAACAGUAAAGAUAUAGAAAAUGUGGAAAAAGCUUUAUUAGAGUGUAAAAAUAAUGAUAUCAACAGUGCAUUGGCGAAGUUCCAUCAAGAUAAUAAAAGUGAAUUUUCUCUAGCACCAUAUCUAGAAAAAAUUAAUUUUUGUUUUGGGGCUCCAACAGUGGAGGAGGUUUAUGAGAGAUUGGAAAAAGAUGGAUCGAAGUGGGCCGAGGAAACAAUAAAUACUCUAAACAAGAUGUCGCCUACCAGUAUGAAGAUAGCUUAUAAAGAAUUGGAGAUUGGAAAAAAUUUGAAUUUACUUGAUUGUUUAAGAAUGGAAUAUCGAAUAGCUGUAAACUGUGUGAACAAUCAUGAUUUUCCAGAAGGAGUAAGAGCGUUGCUUAUAGACAAAGACCAGAAUCCAAAAUGGAAACCUUCAACUUUAAAAGAAGUUACAGAUGAAUUAGUUAAUAGUUAUUUUGCCAAUUUGCCUGAAGAACAAGAACUCAGGCACAAGUUGUGAUAUAUGAGAUUUCACUCAAGUUUAGGUAACAGUUAAUAGAUAUUAUAAUUUUUUAUUACAGAAUAUUUUUUUUGUUGAACAAAAGGUGUUGAAAUUUAAUAAACUACUUUUAUUUAUGUCAUA